AUGACUUCCAUCUUGCGAGAUACGCAGGCUGGUCUCCUUAUACGCUUUCUUUCGGGCAAUAAGCUUCUGCGAUAUCCAGAUGAGAUCGAUCCUUCGCUGUGGAAGAAGUUCCAAAAGGAACAUCUCGGCGACUCUGACACACCAGAAAAUGCCAAUUUGGAGAAAACGGAAUCCAAGAGCUCAGGAGCUGCCACCACAACUGUAACAGACACGGCCACCCCUCCACAGAAUCAUGAUUCGCAAGAGUUGAAAGACAAUCACAGUGCUGAAGCUGGUAAAGAUGAAUUUUUGGUAGACUGGUACGGCCCAGACGAUGGCGAGAACCCCCAAAAUUGGUCUCGCACACAAAAGCUUCUAGUCGCUACCCAAAUAUGUUUGCUCAACUGGUCCGUCUACAUGGCAAGCUCUAUCUACGCCCCGGCAGAGAUAAGUGCUAUGGCGGACUUUCAUUCAUCGGAGAUAGUCGCAACUCUUGGGCUUUCUCUCUUUACACUUGGGUACGGUAUCGGUCCAAUGUUAUGGUCCCCCAUGUCUGAGAUGCCUCGAUUCGGGCGUAGCGGAAUAUACUUCUGGACACUCCUUUUCUUUGUCUUAUUUCAACUUCCGACUGGUUACGCUGUCAAUAUGGCCAUGUUCCUCGUCUUCCGAUUCAUCACCGGCGUCUUUGGCAGCCCUACACUCUCGACAGGCGGAGCAACCAUGAUGGAUAUGUAUGAUAUGGGUGCUGCCUCGAUCGCAAUCCCAAUUUGGGGUGCGUUUGCGAUCAUUAGUCCAUGCCUGGGACCUGUACUGGGCGGCUUUGUGAGCCCGGUCAAGGGCUGGAGCUGGAGCAUCUGGAUGAUUGUCUGGCUCACGACGUUCGUCCUCGUCACUAUGUUCUUUUUUAAUCCGGAAACCAGCGCUGCCAAUAUCUUAUACCGACGAGCAGCCAGACGUCGACAAGCCACUGGAGACCCACGCUUCAAAAGCCAGUCGGAAAUAGAUGCCGCAACUCACACUCUCAAAGACGAUAUGAUAGUGCUGGGCAGAGCUUUCUCCCUCAUCUUUACCGAGCCGAUUGUCUUUGUUAUGGACCUCUAUGUAGCGUUGAUUUACGGAGUACUGUUCAUCUGGUUUGAAUCCUUCCCUCUAGUCUUUGGAGGUGUCUAUCAUUUCAACCUAGGUGAACAAGGUCUCGCUUUCUUCGGCAUCCUCGUCGGAACUACAAUCACAGUGAUUGCCUACUGUCUCUGGGUCAUAUACAUAUUGAUACCCAAAUUCUCGGAUCCUACGUUCAAGCCAGAAGUGGUCUUGCCACCUGUUUGGUUCGGGUCCCUCUCUCUCCCCAUCUGCUUAUUUUUCUAUGGAUGGACUGCCCGCGCAAGCAUACAUUGGAUCGUUCCAAUCAUUGCAACGACCUUAUUUGGGGUUCCUCUCGUCGUCGUCUUCCAGUCUUGUCUGAAUUAUCUCGCCAUCUCAUACCCGACGUAUGCAGCUUCCAUCUUCGCAGGCAAUGGACUCUUCCGCUCCAUAUUUGGUGCCAUCUUUCCACUUUUUGCACGACAAUUGUUUCGGGGACUAGGGAUCGGUGGGGGCAACUCUCUCUUGGGAGGGAUUUCGAUUUGCUUUAUUCCCAUUCCGUUUCUGCUGUACUAUCGUGGCGUUAAGAUCCGGCAUGCGAGCAAGAAUGCACGACACGAUAUUUGA